AUGGUCAUGAACAAGCCAUCUACGGCUACAGAUCAUGCAUUAGCAGGACUCUUGGCACAAGAUGAUGAAAAUGGUCAUGAACAAGCCAUCUACUAUCUGAGUAGGACACUAUCGGGUGCUGAACCCCGUUAUCCUCUCAUUGAGAAGGAAUGUUUGGCGCUAGUUUUCACAGUUCAGAAAAUGCGACAUUACUUGGUUGGGCAAACCAUACAUGUCAUUUCUCAGGUCAAUCCUAUUUGGGUAUUCAUGACACAGUCCAGUGCAUUGAACUGGCGACUCGCCAGGUGGGCUUUGUUGCUUUCCCAAUACGACAUCCACUUCAAACCUCAAAAAACAGUGAAAGCAAGGACAAGUGCUACUGGUCGGGUUAUAGCUGGAGUGGGGGUUGUCUCUAUCUCUUCCCAAAACCACAUACUCCCACGCGCCGUUUCUUUAACAGAACCAUGUUCUAACAAUGUGGCAGAAUAUAAUGCUCUAUUAGUUGGCUUAGAUAUAGCCAAACAAUUAGGGGUGAAACACUUAGAAGCAUAUGAUGAUUCUCAACUCAUUGUUAAUCAAAUGAAGGGAGAGUAUGAGGUUAGGAACGAACACCUCGUUCCUUACCAUAUCGCAGCAAUCACACUGGCCGAUUCUUUUGAAGGCUUCUACAUCGACCAUAUACCCCGUCUCAGGAAUACCUAUGCUGAUGUAUUAGCGUCACUUGCGGCUACCCUAGCUCUACCUGAAGGAACUACCCAGCAGGUCGCAGUGACAAGCAGAUAA